UUUAAUUGGUCAUUUUUAAAGAUAUAUAUUUAUAUAUAGAUGAAUUUUUUUUUUUUUUAAAACCCUUUCCGAAUAGAUAUACGAGGAUAUAUAUAAAGUCAAGUAGCGUUUGUUAGCGGGUUGUUUUUUUUCGGGGGGGGGGGUUGUAUCGCUGGUCGGUACUUUUCGGAUUGUGUGUGUGUGUGUUUUUUUUUUUUUUUUUUUUGGGGACAGCCCCCCCGCCUCGCUAUUCUCUCCUCUUUUACAUUGCCGAUCCACACGCAGGCUGGGGGUGUCCGUCUGUCCGUCUGUGUGUCUGUCUGGGAUGGUUACAGAUACUGGGAAAAAAUCCCAGGGCGCCCCUCGACAGGGAAGGGAAGGGAAGGGAAGGGAAGGGAAGGGAAGGGAAGGGAAAGGGGGGGUGCGGCCGCCCUUCUGAAGUUUUUCUAGCCCGAUCUGAAACUAUGGCAGUGGAAUAACAACAACAACAACAAAACAAGGCGGCUUUUUAUUUGUUUUAAUUGUUUUUUUUUUUUUUAAUUGGGACCUUUUUAACCCCCCCCCCCACUUCCUCCGGGCCCCCCUUCCGUUGAAAUUGACCGGAAUCCAAGAUGGCUGCUUCAGUGAAGGUCGCGGUGAGGGUGCGACCUUUCAACUCUCGGGAGACCAACCGUGAUGCCAAGUGUGUCAUCCAGAUGCAGGGCAGCUCCACCUGCAUCACCAACCCCAAACAACCCAAAGAGGACCCCAAGAGCUUUGCCUUUGAUUACUCUUACUGGUCCCACACCACGGCGGCAGACCCUGACUUCGCGUCACAGCAGCGGGUGUACAAGGACAUUGGGGAGGAAAUGCUGCUGCAUGCCUUCGAGGGCUACAACGUGUGCAUCUUCGCCUACGGGCAGACUGGCGCGGGCAAGUCCUACACCAUGAUGGGCAGACAGGAGCCCGAGCAACAGGGCAUCAUCCCGCAGCUCUGUGAGGAUCUGUUCAAGAGGAUUGUGGAGAAUAAGAGUACAGACCUGGCUUUCUCUGUGGAGGUGUCCUACAUGGAGAUAUACUGCGAGCGUGUGCGGGACCUCCUGAACCCCAAGAGUCGGGGUAACCUCAGAGUCCGAGAGCACCCCAUCAUGGGCCCCUACGUGGAGGACCUGUCCAAGCUGGCCGUCACGUCCUUCAGGGACAUUGCUGACCUCAUGGACUCUGGGAACAAAGCCAGGACGGUCGCCGCCACCAACAUGAACGAGACAAGCAGCCGCUCGCACGCCGUGUUCACCAUCGUGUUCACGCAGAAACGCCACGACGAGAUGACCAGCCUGGACACGGAGAAGGUCAGCAAAGUGAGUCUGGUUGACCUGGCAGGAAGUGAACGGGCUGACUCGUCCGGGGCAAAGGGCGUGAGGUUAAAGGAAGGAGCCAACAUCAACAAGUCUCUAACCACCCUGGGGAAGGUCAUAUCUGCACUGGCUGAGAUGCAAAGCAGCAAGAAGAGGAAAUCAGACUUUAUUCCCUACAGAGACUCAGUGCUGACGUGGUUGCUCAAGGAAAACCUGGGUGGAAACUCGCGCACUGCGAUGAUCGCGGCUCUGAGUCCCGCCGACAUCAACUACGAAGAAACACUGAGCACUCUGAGGUACGCAGACCGUGCCAAGCAGAUCCGCUGCAACGCGGUGAUCAACGAGGACCCGAACGCCAGACUCAUCCGGGAGCUGAAGGAGGAGGUGAACCGACUGAGAGAGCUGCUCUUCUCACAGGGGCUGCCCAGCAGCCUGGUGACAGCGACGGGCGUCGCCCCCGAACUCAGUAACAACAACAGCACCGCCGCACCGAAUCUCCCUGCAGGGGGCCGCAGCGCUCUGGGCCCCCCCUCGCUGGACCCCUCCCCAGGCGGCGAGGCGGACCUCGCCUUGGACCCCCACGCCGAGGGGGGGCCUCCUGACAGCCACCCCCGGCUGGAGGCGCCUCCGAUCAGCACUGAGGAGGCUGUGGAGAGGCUGAAGGAGACGGAGAAGAUCAUCGCCGAGCUCAACGAGACCUGGGAGGAGAAGCUGAGGAAAACGGAGGAGAUCCGAAUGAAUAGGGAGUCGCUGCUGGAGGAGAUUGGGGUGUCGAUUCGAGAGGACGGGGGCACUGUGGGGGUGUUCUCCCCUAAAGGGACCCCUCACUUGGUGAACCUCAAUGAAGACCCCUUGAUGUCAGAGUGCCUUCUCUAUUACAUUAAGGAGGGAGUGACACGGGUUGGUCAAGAAGACGUGGACAUUCGACUGAGUGGCCAGUUUAUAAAGGAACAGCACUGCGUCUUCACAAGCAGCACCAAGGACAACGGGGAAGUGGAGGUCACUCUCGAGCCGUUUGAAGGAGCGGAGACUUACCUGAACGGGAAGCAGAUCUCUGAGCCGGUGGUACUGAAGCAAGGAAACCGCAUCGUGAUGGGAAAGAGCCACGUGUUCCGGUUCAACCACCCGGAGCAGGCGAGGCUGGAGCGAGAGCGCAACGCCAGCCUGGAGCAGCAGGGGGAGCAGAAGGCAGACUGGAACUUCGCUCAGAAGGAGCUGCUGGAGGAGCAGGGCAUCGACAUCAAACUGGAGAUGGAGAAGAGACUGCAGGACUUCGAGAGCCAGUACCGCAGAGAGAAGGAGGAGGCAGACUUACUGCUGGAGCAGCAGAGACUGUACGCAGAUUCAGACAGCGGGGAUGACUCUGACAAGCGCUCGUGUGAGGAGAGCUGGCGUCUGAUCUCAACUCUGCGAGAGAAGCUCCCAGCUAACAAGGUCCAGAGCAUCGUGAAGCGCUGCGGGCUCCCGAGCAGUGGUAAGAAGCGGGAACCGCGCCGGGUGUACCAGAUCCCUCAGCGACGCCGGAUCACCAAGGACCCCAAGUGGGUGACUCUGGCCGACCUGAAGAUGCAGGCGGUCAAGGAGAUCUGCUACGAGGUGGCCCUCAACGACUUCCGCCACUCGCGCCAGGAGAUCGAAGCCCUGGCCAUCGUUAAGAUGAAGGAGCUCAGCCGCAUGUACGCCAAGAGGGACCCCCUGGAGAAGGAGACGUGGAGGGAGGUGGCCCAGGACGUGUGGGACACUGUGGGGAUUGGGGAGGAGCGGGUAGCGGGAGGAGGAGGAGGAGGAGGAGCCGGGGGGGAGGAAGGGGAGGGCAAGGCAGACGUGAGCGGACUGAAGGCCCACAUUGACAAGCUGAGCGAUAUACUGCAGGAGGUGAAGCUGCAGAACAACAUGAAGGACGAGGAGAUCAAGGCUCUGAGGGAUCGCAUGAUCAAGAUGGAGGAGAGGGUCAUACCGUCCAUCAGCGCGCAGGAUGAGACAGGGCUGGGGGAGUAUUUCCUGGAUGAUGAUGAUGAUGAUGGUGACGAUGAGGGAGGCUCUUCCUCGCCCCUCUCUGGGAAGGCAGGGGGAGGAGGUGGCAGUUCGGAGGACGGAGAAGGCACCAGUACGCGUGGCAGUGGCUCGCUGGAAGACCUCUCCAAACAGGAGCGCGUGACCCGGCUCAUGGAGGAGGAUCCUGCGUUCCGGAGGGGGCGGCUGCGGUGGCUGAAGCAGGAGCAGAACCGCAUUCAGAACCUGCAGCUGCAGCAGAUCAGCAAGCGCCUGCGCAGCAGCACCCCCUGCGGGACGGGCAGGUUCAUACCACCCCAGGACUGCAAACUGCGCUUCCCGUUCAAGAGCAACCCCCUGCAUCGCUACUCCUGGGACCCCAACUCUGCCUUCAUGCUGGGGGGGGAGCCCCCUCCGUCGGAAGGGAACGGAGAAGGAGCGUCGCCCCGGAACACAGACGAACCGGAAGAAGCCGAGCAAAAGAAGCCCAGAGGUUUCGCGGGGGGGUUGCCGGCGCAGCCACUGAUAAUCAUGGCCCCCCCCAUGACGCAGAACCCCCGAAUGAGGACCCCGAGCCCCCAGAGGUUCUGGCCCAAUUCUGGGGGUUACAGAGGCCAGUCAAACAGACAGCAGCAGAACCAGGAACACCCAAACAAUCACCAUCGACAGCAGCAGAACCACUUCCGGAGAAACUCCUUCGAUAACGGCUCCCAGGGCCGGCCCAAGCUUUACCGGCAGGGGCAGGGGCACCCCAAGGAGCACUUUCAACCCCGCAAGCCCAACUACCACCACCACCACCCUUACCAGCAGCCGCUCUCGCUCCCGCUGCCGUUUCCCAUCCCGCCGUUCCACUACCCGCUCCACCCCAAACAAGCCAGCCAGUUCCAGCAGUAUCAACACAGACCCAACCAUCAGGGAGGGGGGCACCGUGCCACGGACGCGGAGUUCCAGGGCUUCUACCCCCCCCACCCCCCUCCCGGUCACCCUCACCACAGCAACCAGGCCCGCGGCGGCGGCGCCGGCCCCCCCCAGCUUCACGGAGGCUACACGACCCCCCCCAGGAUGAGGAGGCAGUUCUCUGCUCCGGAUCUUGAGAGCAGAGAGACGCCCGUCUGAGCAGCAGACGAUUUCUAUUAUCAUAUUUUUUUUUUUUUUUCUAUUUUGAUGUCACACUGUAGUUUCUUUUUUUUUUAAGGUUUUGUUGGUGGUUUUAGGGGAGGGGAGGCAAGAGAACUUUAGAUAUGGAGAAGAUGAUAAGUAGAGAAGGGCUGAAAAAUUUGGAUUGGAGAAACUGUGUGUGUGUGGCGUAUCUGUGUCUGUUUGCCUCUCUCGCUCACUCUCUCUCUGUGUGCCUGUGUCUCUGUGU